AUGGUCUACAAAAAUCAAUUCUACCAAGCUGGCAAUAACAACAUCCAAUAUGACUUUGAAAACACUACGGUUGACAAUAAUGCGUCCAAAGAUCUCUCAAAACCUCUUGGUGGAAUUAUCAUUAAGAACAUUCAAUGUUCUCUGAAGAAAAAACAAACCGCGAAAAUAUCAAAGUUAAUGAAAUCAAUAUUGAAAGAGAACCCAAAGCUGAGGUUGGAAUUUGAAUACAACCAGGAGACACGGUCCACUUGUGUACUUGAGAUGGUAGGUAGACCAGACAGGGGUCAAGAAAAAUAUGGCGCAUGGGAUGAAAACGUCAUAUUCGUCGUCACUGCAUCUACCCUUAAAUCAUCAACAAACGCUGAUCUAUUCAUUCGGUGUUGGGAUCCGUCGAUCAAAGGUCGUAUUGGCUGUGUCGGGGAAGCAAAAUUGAAUCUCGCACAUCACGAAAAGUUUAACAAUGAAGAAACAUAUUGUGAGUUGGAUUUGGGAUACAACGAGUCGAUCAUGGUUUCAUUUUGUGUAUACUUUUUUUCCAACGAUCCGCCAAGGUUGAUGAUGCAGAAAUUUGAUGAUCCCAACAUUCGUGGUCAAAAAAUUGGCGUGAUCAUGAUCAAUAAAAUUCAACUAACAAAUGAAACCCGCCCAUCAGGACAAACUGGCUAUCUGGAAUUCGAGUUGGAACGCGAGAAAGAAUGUCAUUCCAUGAAAAAAUACUGGAAUAGUACGCAGUCUCCCUGGAAGUAUCCUAUUACACUUAGCUUCAUCGCACGCCAUGAGGAAUUGAUAAUAAGGUUUUGUUAUGGAUCAACAGGAUCAACGGGAUCAACAGCUACUACAAAGUUUCAUAUUGGACCUGCGGCGGCUACAGAGGUGCUGUGGCCAUCGUUGAUGACUGGAAAAAGCGUUAAUGUCGGUGAAUACACGUUAAUGGAGCAUGGGCUUCGGGUGGGAAAAGUUCGAUUCGAAAUCUCAUGUCAUUGCUUGAUUACCUCCGUGAAAUUUUACAAAAUAUGCACACAAUACCAAGCUCCACAUGGUCAAAAACAAUCGAUAACGGAUAACGACGGAUUGAGAAGUGAGGGUGGUGCGGGCACUACGAAUGUCUCAAGUGGACAAAGAGUUCAACUUUCUUCUUCACGUCAAAACAACGCUCUUCAAAACAUGAAUCGCAAUCGAAGUUCAAUUCAGAACCGGAAUCAAAUUGAACAACAAAGACAGUUUUCUCCGAGUUCAACGUCACGAGUAGGUGCUGGUGGCGGAUUUGCUGUGCAAACGGAUCAACAAACGAUUUAUUCAACGUCCCAGGCAGGUGCCAGUGGUGGAUUGAAUGCACAAAGAUUUGGUGGUUCCUCAUCACAAUUAAAAGCUAUCAAUCCCUCAUCUUCAACCUUACGAACGUAUGUUAGCCGAGAAUAUAAUAAUAAUGACUACGAUCCGCAUCCCUACAUGAAUACUAGCCAAACUCCUUCAUUGAAAUCUGACGACUCUCAUAGCGGCAGGUCCCUGCAAGAAUCCUUACCAGAAGCUCCGGAGGUGGUGAAUCCACAGAAUGGUACCCAUUCCCACGGUCAUGAAGGGAGGAGUAAAGCUAUUCGAUAUUUGCAGGAUGACAUUCCAAAGAAUUUGCAAACGCAGACAUCAUUACCAUCAUUAAGAGGUCGAGAUAAUUUACCAACUUUGAGCAGUCAUGGGUCACAUUCGGGUUCAAUGUCGACAUCAGGGCGGACAGGGUAUUCUGGGGGCGCGAUCGUAACAGGAGGAAACGGGGGAAUAACAGGAACUCAUAGAAUGUCCCUUACACAAUAUCCACAGACGCACUUCGAUCCCAAUUCUCAUUAUCGAAAUAAUAACAACAAAGGUCAACGACAUUCUGAUCCUGUCUCUCCUAUAAGUUCAAGCUUUACUCUCAUCGAAGACAACCUUCCAUCGCAAUCUUCGGUAGCACGAUUUGCACAUAACUUACAAGAAAUCUCGGGAUUUCAACAACUGCACGUUUCCGGAUCAAAAGAAACCCUAGCUCCUUCGACCACAUCUGCACUUUCCGGAACCAACGAAUCCACCACACUAAAUUCUCCGGUAGCACAGGAAACUCCCAAUUCAGAAAAGCAGCAAGGCGCGGAGACUCUUUUAAGUCGCAUAAAUUCCCUUGGCUCAAUUAACACCACAUCUUCCAAACACACCGAUGAUCAAUCCAUCUCGGUAUCAUCAUCAUUUCUUCCGACAUCAUCCAGGGAAACAUCAUCUUUCAUUCAGACAUCAUCUAAACGGAAUUCAGAGAAUUCUAUAACAAUCUUUACUCCACACAUAAUAUGCGAUCGAUAUGUUAUCACCGCAAGAAUUAUCGGCAAGAAACGAAAGUCCGUGUCAACACAAUCUAUCACUAACGUGAGCCUAUCGUCUCAUCACCAAUCUGAUUCGCUCAGCUCUCAGUCUAACCCGAGUAUGAAUAAGUCACCCACUCAAUCUACUCCAGAAGCUUCAUCUUCAUCGCAUCACAGUACGACUUCCCGACGAGUUGAACCUCAAGAUUCCCAGAGAAGUCAGCUAUUUGCUGUUAUCAACAGCAAUCAACGGCGGCGGACGAUCAAACAUUAUAAAGGUCAUGUCGUGAAAGUUCCCGAAAAUCUAAUAAUAAUCAAGGUGUUUGAGGAUAAAAUGAGUUUCGAAAAUGAAAAUUUCUUCCUCAGAAAAUUUCUCAAAUCGAAAUACGUCGUGAAGUUGAUAGACGUGGAGUCGAACGUGAUUUUCAGAGACAAUGAGUUUGAAGAGGUGGGGAAUGAAUCCAGUUAUUAUGAUUAUGCGACAAACAAUAACAGAGAAUCGCAAGAAAAUGAAAACGAGGGAAGAAACAGUGGUGAAAAGGGGAGAAGCGAAUUGUCAAACGGAAGUGUGAACUCGGAAUUUGAUAGCCAUGAGCGGUCAACUUCACUCAUAAUAACAAAAUACCAUGGAGAAAGCUUGGAGAGUAAUAUACAUUCGUUUAAAGAAAAACGUGAGAUAGUCGCCAUUUUUCGAAAAAUAUGCGAGGGAGUAAAGUGGUUACACGAUAACGGUGUUGUGCAUAUGAGCUUAAAUCCAUCGUGCAUACUUUGCAAAGAGACCGACAUUUAUAAUGUUAGAUUUUGCGAUUUUGAGAAUACAAAAGAUCUUGAUGAACAAGUGUACCCUGAAUUUAUUUCUUCCUAUGUCCCCUCAACGAAGACAAAUUCCUUCGCUUCGACGGAAGGUUCUUUCAUCACUCCGCCUUCACCCUCCGAUUCUUUCAUUGAUGAAGGAAGUCACUUACCUUGCAAUACCACCAGUUCCACAUUUCAAAUUCAAGUUACAACUACUAGGCACACUACCACCAACUAUUCGGAUGAUCAAUCAUUGAUUAGUGAUCAUUCAGAAAAAAUCAAAGACACACCAAAUUCGCAACCAACCAUACCUCACUAUCCUAUUGGAUUCACCGGACCGGAAAUUAUUUUACCACAAUUACUACUCGCUUCAAAAUCCACAUCGAGUUCUCCUGAAUUGGUAUCAUUUCUAAAAAAUAUACGAGCCCGGAGGUCGGUGGAUUGUUUCUCAUUGGGUGCAAUACUUUAUUAUUUGUGCACGAAAAAAUUAUUAUAUAGUAGCAUUGAAGAAUUGGAAUGGUUGGUGAGAAAGAGGAAACAAAGUAGCGAUGACGAGAAUGUUAAUGAUCCCAAAGAUUUUAAUGACGACACAAACGAAGGUGUGAGGGGGAACGAAAAAGAAUACGAAAUUAAUAGUCUGGCGAUCGAUGUUGAUGAAACGUUGGAUGAGGAUAUUAGAGAGGUGAUGUCCAUGUGUUUGAAGAUAGAUGAAUAUGCGAGAUGGAACAUUGAAGAAAUUUUGGCAAGCAGGCUCAUGAAUCAAGAUUAG